AUGUACUGGCCUACCGCCACCACCCGCCUCGUCUCCACCCCCAUCCCCCUCCACUCCCCCCUCUCCCACGCAGAACCCAAUCGCAAGGGCAACUUCUUUGCCACGCUCACUGCCGACUCUCUCGCGGUCUGGGAUGUCAGGCCCACAGUCAUGCAGGCAGCGGUAGUGAGAUCAAAGUCCAGUAUCAAUCGAUUCGGCAGCAACAGCGAUGUUUUCUGGACACAUGAUGGACGAGGUCUGAUCAUAACGGCAAACAGCCAUCACCUGCUCUUCUACCAUCUCGUCCCUUCCUCUCGCCCCUCGUAUGACUUUGCUGGGCCUUCCACGCCCGGCCCAGGCGAAGGAGACGUCGUCAUGGGCUGGCAACUGACCUACCUCGGUACCGCCUUUGUCAUGGGCGGCUGUCAGUCCAUCCUAUGCCAAUCCCACAACCUCCUCAUCACUCUGCGUCACCCUCCCUCCAUCCUCUCUGUUCCCUGGCCAGUCCCAAGUCAGCUCCUCACUCCGCCAAACUCCCACUUCCCUCCGCCGCCUCUGGACGCCGCUACCGAAGCGCAGAUUGAGUGCGAUGUUUGGGAUCUGUCGGCUGGGAAGGAGUGGCUAGUAGGGGAAAAACCUGCGGUGCCGACCAAGAUGACGUCGAUGAAGACCCAUGGCAUGCCCGUGGUGCAUACAAUGCUGUCAGCGGAUGGACGGGGAUAUGUGGUGUACUUGGCAAGCCACCUGCUGCAGGCGUGUACGAGCGACGCUCAGCGGACUCAGCUUUUGACAGGGCCGAAAUAUGUCGGAAGUCUGAUACACCCAGUACCGCAGAAGAUCGAGCCGCUCGAGGGAGAUAUGGACAAGGCUAUGGAGGUUGCCCUGAAUUCACGGUUCGGCUUGGUUGCUAUCGGCUUGGAGAGCGGCAAGGUCAAUCUCGUCUCAAUCCCAUCGUGGCUCAACCCUCCCAGGCUAUCACACACUCUCGACUUUCGGCGGUCUGCCAAUCUAAAGUCAUCUCCUGGACAAGUCACAAGCUUGGCGUGGACGGGAGACGGGUACUGUUUGGCUGUUGGUUAUGAACACGGAUGGGCAGCUUGGAGUAUGGGUGGGAGAUUGGGGGGCUGGGGACAUCGUGACGAGGAAGCUUCUCAAUCUCAAGAUCCGGGUGUUCUCAGCUUGUUCUGGAUACCCGGAAACCUUGAGCUCUUCGUACUCCGCCCACAUGAAUCCUCACCACAGCUCGAAAUCAUCCCAUUCGCCAAGAGCGCUACGACCAACCAGCCUUCGCCGGACAAUACUCGAUAUGCGUUCCUGCAAAUGGAUGACAGCGUGAUGGUCUACCGGGGAGCGGACCAGCCUGACAUGAGCGUCAUCAACCCCGAAUCAGAUGUCUGGCAAAGCAUCAAAAUCCCAGCAGCAUACAUCUCCACCAACUGGCCCAUCCGCUACGCCUCCAUAUCAUCAGACGGCAAGCUCAUCGCCGUAGCCGGCCGCCGCGGGCUCACCCACUACUCUGCCUCUUCCGGCCGCUGGAAGCUCUUCCAAAACGAACGCGAGGAACAGCAGUUUACAGUCCGCGGUGGGCUUCUCUGGUUUCACCACGUCCUCAUCGCAGCCGUCGAUGCCGACAAGACCCACCAGAUCCGGCUUUAUUCAAGAGACUUGGGGCUGAAUGAGGUUUUGCAUUCGCAGACCCUUCUCGCCCCAAUACUGGUCAUGACCCUGCUUGAUAAUUCGUUGUUGGUGUAUACGGCGGAUAAUAUGUUGUUCCAUUUCUUGAUACUGCCGACCAACUCUAGUAUCAAGCUGCAUCUGUGCGGGAGUAUCAGUUUUAGGGGUAUUUUGCAAGUGCCUAGUCGAGUGAGGGCAUUAUCAUGGUUGAUCCCGGAAGCGCAGAAAACGCUGGGCGACCCUGCAGAUGAUCUCAUCGUAGCUACAAUCAUCUUCCUAGUCGACGGCAAGCUCGUCCUUCUCCGUCCCCGCCGCGCGCGCACCGACGAAGUCCGAUAUGACCUUCAAAUCCUCGCCGACCGUAUCGAAGCCUACUGGACCCACCUCCACGGCGUGGGCACGCUUGAAAACUCGCUCUGGGGGUACGACGGCCUCAACAUGCGGGUCUGGCUGGACGCUUUGACGAUAGAAGCGACUACGGUGAAUGAUGUUUCGGACGCUUAUGAGAGUGUGGAAGAGAGUGUGAAAGUGAGGUUGGACUUUUAUCCGCUUUCGAUCUUGAUGGACAAAGGUAUCAUCAUCGGGGUCGACUAUGAAACGUCCACCCGUACGUUGCCCUUCCCGAUAUACAAAAUCUCCACCGGCACACACCUCUUCCUCCCCAAAUUCCUCCGCUACCACCUCUCCUCCUCCCCACCCUCCCUCAGCCAAGCCCUCACCCUCGCCCAGCAUUACCAACACCUCGUCUACUUUGCCCAUUCCCUCGAAGUCUUACUCCACUCUGUCCUCGAGGACGAACACCCAAAAGACCAUGAAAUCCUGCCGACCGUCGUCACUUUCUUGGACUACUUUCCUUCGGCGCUGGAUGUGAUUGUAAGAUGCGCGAGAAAGACGGAGAUUGAGAGGUGGCCGGGGCUUUUUGAGCUUGUGGGAAAGCCGAGGGAUCUGUUUGAGCUGUGCUUGACCGAGGGGAAGAUGAGGACGGCGGCGAGUUAUCUGCUGGUCUUGCACAACCUGGAAGAGCUCGAUGAUGUCGACGACACGAUCCGAUUAUUGAAGCAAGCCAUAGAGGCCAAGGAAUUCCACCUUUGUAAAGAACUCCUUCGAUUCCUCCAUUCUAUCGACGAAUCUGGUACCGCCCUCCGUACUGCCAUCGCGCGCGUAGGCAUCAUCGACGGGUCCAUGCUCGACGUUGACGGAGACAGUCCGAUGCCGACGACACCUAGUAUCGUGCUCUUGAGUGCUACGCCCACGGACGUUCAGGUCAAUGGUCUGUGA